AUGGAGGGCAGCGGUCACUUCAAACCAACACCUGCGAAUUUCGACCAGGUAUUGAAUAGCUCGACCGGCACCAAUGCGACUUUAACGCCUAAUAUUGAAGAAAAGAGAGAAAGUUUUGCUUUCCAAGUCACCUUAGCAUCCGUUCUUGGUCUGCUUACUCUUGCCACAAUACUUAGCAAUGCAUUUGUCAUCGCGACCAUCUCCCAGUCCAGGAAGCUCCAGACACCGGCGAACUUCUUGAUCGCAUCCCUGGCCGUCACGGACCUUUUGGUGUCGGUGCUCGUGAUGCCCAUUUGCGCGCUUUACACGGUCACCCACGAGUGGACGCUUGGACAGGUUAUUUGCGACAUCUGGUUGUCCUCAGACAUAACCUGUUGCACCGCGUCCAUCCUCCACCUGUGCGUAAUCGCCUUGGAUCGAUACUGGGCUAUCACGGACGCGGUCGAGUACGCUAAAAAACGGACGCAAGCGCGCGCCGCUGGGAUGGUGGCGACCGCUUGGAUCAUCGCCAUCUCCAUCUCUCUGCCACCGUUCUUCUGGCGCCAGGUGAAGGCGGGGGAGCUCACCAUCUGCACGGUAAAUUCGGACCACAUCUUUUACACCAUCUACUCCACGUUCGGGGCUUUCUAUAUCCCCACGUUGCUACUCAUCGCCUUGUACGGGAGGAUUUACGUGGAGGCGAGGAAGCGCAUCUUGAAACAGUCUCCCAAAAAAGCGGGGAAAAGACUCACUUCAGCACAUCUCAUCACGAAUUCGCCCGCGUCUGUGGCUUCAACCUCUCCUUUACAUUGUGGACGGCAAGAGCUUUGCUCUGACACCGGCUCUCUGAACAGUGACAAUCAAAUUCGAGUAACGGUGUCCGAUUCUCUUCUGGAGAAAAAGCGAAUAUCGGCCGCGCGCGAGAGAAAAGCCACCAAAACAUUGGGCAUUAUUUUAGGAGCUUAUAUUGUGUGUUGGUUGCCGUUUUUCAUUUACACACUGCUGGUGUCCCUCUGCCCAUCCUGUAUGUUUUCUCCAGAACUGUUUGACUUUUUUACAUGGCUUGGCUACCUCAACUCACUCAUCAACCCGAUAAUAUACACCAUGUCAAAUGAUGACUUUAAAAAAGCUUUCCACAAACUCAUUAACUUUAGAUUUUGCAGAUGUUGAGAUUAGGACUGUAGUAAAAUAAACUCUGUUACAUGGGCCUCAUUAGAAGACAUAGCUGCCAGCUUUUAGAUCAAAAUUCAACAGAAUAUUUGGAUUUUGUUCUACUUAUAUUGCUUUGAUAGCUUGUGGUGGCAAAUAACGCAAAACUGUACACAAAAACUGCAUUGUCUUUAUCAAAUUACUUUAUCAAACUAUUAAACUGCUCUGACAUGCUCUCUGCCAAUAGCUGCCGACUUAUCCUAAAAUUAAUAAAUAAGUUGGGUUAUCCAUUUGCUUGUGCUUAAAUCCAGUAUGUUUUUCCUUAUGUUUUAUGACUGAAAAAUGUGUUACUUACAAUAAUGCAUGCUUAGCUACCUUAAA